AUGUUGUUGCAGAAUUCUAAAAUAAUUCACUGCAGUGCAAUAACACUAAUAUUAAGAUCCAUUACCACCAAUGCCAGUAACAUCGAGAGUCAAGACGCUUUAAUAAAGAGUAUAAUUAAACUACGUGGCUGCACAAAGGUGGCAGUAAUAAAAAGUUCAACGAAAAUGCUUUGCAGAAAAGAAUUUUUUCUGUUUUCCUACGUACUAUACUUGGGAGUGUACGGUGCCAGUGAUACACAAAAAGCAGGAAAUGAAAGAAGCAUAUUUAAUGGUGCCAGUAUUGAAGAUGUACUUAAUUUUAAAAUCAACAUCGAUGACUAUUGUGACGAAGACAAUUACAAAAAAGGCGAUUUUACGUCACCUAAACGGAGAAUCAGUGAAGUCAAAUGUCUUGAUUACAUCUGGACUACGCGGUAUAAACAAUUUGAGUUUGAUCGCAGCGAAUGUAUUAAAGAAAUCGUAAUAGGAGGAAGACCUGCUUUUUACGGAGAAUUUCCGCAUAUGGGUGCUCUCGGCUGGAGAUCCACAAGUAAAGAGAAUGAGUGGGAGUUCAAAUGUGGUGCUUCGCUGAUCAGCGAGAGGUUUAUGUUGACAGCAGCGCACUGUACCUAUGUGUCGACGAGAUAUGGCACCGUCGCUAAUCAUCAGCCAGAAAUUGUAAAAUUGGGGGAUAAAUUUUUAAUUAAUUCUUAUCCUGAGGAGCAAGAAAGACGAAAAUAUGAAAACUUUAAUGAUAUCGUAUCGGAUAUUGAAAAGAACAGAAUGCUCGUACUUGCCGACAUUCCAGACCAUUUAAAGCCUAAAUAUGUGCGAAUAAGUAGAAUAAUAAAGCAUGAGAAGUACCGAGCGCCGAAAGUUUACUUUGACAUCGCGUUGCUUGAGCUGGCCGAGUCGGUGGAUAUCGGACCUCUUAUCCGUCCCGCCUGCCUCUGGGGCAACAGCGAUACUAGCAGUUUGGGAAUGGUAACGCUGUCUGUAACUGGGUGGGGUGUUGUAGAUACAGUAACCCGUAAAGCUGCAACAGAGUUACAAGUGGCUGAUGUGGAUGUCAUAGACGAUAGUCUUUGCGAUGCGAAGUUGAAUGAGAAGCAUAACAGAAAUUGGGGUGGUCUCGUCGAUCAUCAGAUUUGCGCUGGCCAAUUAGCUGGAGGCAUCGAUACUUGCCAGGGUGAUUCGGGUGGUCCAUUGCAAUCUAAGAUAAAUUUGACGCAAUCUUGGGACAUGUACUACUUGGUAGGAGUGACGUCAUUUGGCUUCAGCUGUGCACGCCCUGACGUGCCCAGUAUCUACACUAAGACGGCGAGUUUCAUCGACUGGAUAGAGAGUAUAGUUUGGCCAGAUUCU